AAUUAAUUCAUUUCGUUCGCGAGUGGAAACCUUGCCCGCAGCGUUAUUUAUUUACUUUUCAUCAUUAGAUUUUGCCUUCGCAUCAAUGAAGUGUUGUCGGAUAUAGUAUUAUAAAGUAAUGCCCAGCUAGUGGAAUAAAAACGUGCAAAUGUCGGAAGAAAUCAAUGAUAUCGCUAUGACGAGCACAGAGGCUGAUUCUUCACAAACACACGGACAUGAUGCAACGUCAACCCCCACCGCAGACGAUACUGCCUCGAGCAGUGCAGCGACCCCGGCCGGCAGCGAGGGCCAGGCGUCGCGCCAGUCCAACCUGCAGCGCAUCCAGCAGCGCAAGGAGCAGGUGUUCAACUGGCCGCACAACAAGAAGCUGCUCAAACUAGCCAUUUAUUCGGCUUGUCAGACUCCAGAUUGUACCUGCAAUGGCUGGAAGACACCAGUCACACAGCAAACAGCUAAAACCAAUACCCGUGCUGACACCCAGCCUCUGGCUACUUUCAACGAUCCGUGCCGGAAUUGUAAUCACAUUUUAGAGAAACAUGUUACACAGCUGCAAACUUUGCCGGUGACAGAAGUGAACCGCUUGCUCGGUGCAGUGGUUGAUGUGGAGAAUAUAUUUAUGUCCAUGCACAGGGAAGACGAUCAUGACACUAAACGAGUUUACUACUAUUUGUUCAAACUUCUCCGCAAAUGCAUUCUAACACGCACCUCGCCUCGCAUCGAAGGGCCUCUAGGGCAGCCUCCGUUCGAAAGACCCUCGAUAGCCAAGGCCAUUACCAACUUCGUACUGUACAAAUUCCACACGCUGCCACAGAGGGAGUGGCAGACCAUGUACGACUUGGCCAAAAUGUUCCUACACUGCUUCAAUCACUGGAAUUUUGAAGCUCCUAGCGUUAGGAAAUUGCAAGUGUCAAAUCCUGAAGAUAUCUCGGCAUAUCAAAUUAAUUUUACAAGAUGGUUGGUGUUCUGCCACGUUCCCGCGUUCUGCGACUCGCUGCCGCACUACGAAACGUCGCUGGUAUUCGGUCGCACGCUGCUGCGCGCCGUGUUCAAGUCGGUGUGCAGGCAGCUGAUGGACAAGUGCCAUUCGGAACGCGACCGCAUGCCGCCGGAGAAGCGAGUGCUGGUCCUGACGCACUUCCCUCGUUUCCUGGCGCUGCUCGAGGAGGAGAUCUUCAGCGCCAGCUCGCCCAUCUGGGACCCCGAGUUCAAGCAAAUGCCGCCCAACCACCACCUGCAGGCCAUCCUUGAGAACAAGACCACGGGGCGCCGCGGUGAGUUCGAGCGCGUCACGCCCAGCGGAGAGAGUAAGGACGGUUUCACCACCGUCUCGCUGUCCUCAGGUUCAAUAAAGCAAGAAGGCGUUCGCGAAGGCAAGCGGGCCGCCGACGGGCGCGCCGGAGAGCCGCCCGGAGCCAAGCGGCGCCGCGUGGCCGACGAGGCGGGCGAUGACGUCAGCGAGCGCACAGUGGCCGACAUCGUGGCAACUAUAUCCGACCCCAACUACAUGUGCGGGCCCGACGCACUGUUCCAGACGCAAGCGCCGCGCGACGAGGCGGCCAAGCUGGAGGAGCAGCGCAAGAUGAUUGAGUUCCACGUCAUCGGCAACUCGCUCACUGGCCCUGUCAACAAGCAGACCAUGCUCUGGCUCAUAGGUCUCCACAAUGUUUUUUCACACCAACUCCCAGAAAUGACCAAAGAAUACAUCUCGCAACUAGUUUUUGAUCCGAAACACAAAACAUUAGCUCUAAUAAAAGAAGGCAGACCUAUUGGGGGGAUUUGCUUCAGGACAUUUAAUUCUCAAGGUUUCAGUGAGAUAGUAUUUUGCGCGGUGACGUCGAACGAGCAGGUGAAAGGCUACGGCACCCACCUGAUGAACCAUCUCAAGGACUACCACAUCAGAAACAAUAUUCUGCACUUCCUAACGUUCGCUGAUGAAUUCGCUAUAGGCUACUUCAAGAAGCAGGGCUUCAGCAAGGACAUAAAGCUGCCGCGCGCCAUGUACCAGGGCUACAUCAAGGACUACGAGGGCGCCACGCUCAUGCAUUGUGAACUCAACCCAAAGAUCGUCUAUACCCACUUCACCGCCGUCAUACGCAAGCAGAAAGAGAUAGUCAAGAAAUUGAUUGACAUGCGGCAAAAAGAAGUAAGGAAAAUCCAUCCAGGACUCACCUGCUUCAAAGAUGGCGUGCGCUCGAUCCCCGUGGAGUGCGUCCCAGGCUUGCGGGAGACGGGCUGGCGCGCCGCGCCGCGCGCGCCCGAGCCAGAGCCCGACGCAGACCUUGCUGCUCUAAGAGCCGUGCUGCACCAGGUCAAAAAUCACGCAGCCGCUUGGCCAUUCCUGAAACCUGUCGAUAAAGCAGAAGUCCCGGAUUAUUACGACCACAUCAAGUAUCCUAUGGACCUGCGCACGAUGGGCGAGCGGCUGAAGGCGCGCUACUACGCAUCGAAGCGGCUGUUCAUCGCCGACAUGACGCGCAUCUUCACCAACUGCCGCCUCUACAACUCGCCCGACACCGACUACUACAGGUGCGCAAACACCCUAGAGAAGUACUUCCAAGGCAAGAUGAAGGAAGCUGGGCUGUGGGACAAAUGAUCCUACGACACGCGAGCCUCCACCCCUAGUGAGGCCAGCAGCUAUACAACUUAGCGACACAACACUACGGCACAGCAAAUAACAUGAAACGAAAUAGUUGGCUUACCGGCGAAUGCUGCGGCUACUCAGAAACGCUGUUCACGUAGUUUCUGGUCUGUCGUCGUCGCUCAUGUUUGCAUCUUGCUUGGAAAGAGAGGGACGACAACAUUCGAAACUUCGGAUAACGGUUUUCGGAGUAGGAUUUACUCUGGACCGUUAAGUGUGUGCCUAACGUCUUUAUGUGCCUGACAAUAAGGAACGUUUUGUGUUUUUCUCAAUUCUGCCGCGACAGAUAACAUAAACGUAUUUUUUUAGAACUGAAAUCUGUAGCGUUACAUUGUAUUAUUGUUUACUGACGGCCUUAGAUUUAUUAAUUAGCAAGAAGUUACUAUUUAAGAUAGGUAUAUCUCACUAUAUUUAUUGUUUCCGUACAAAUCCUUUAUACACUUCAGUAUAACUUUAUACACUUUACAUUAUUUCUUUUUCUGUCAUCCGGGAAGUUGCGUAGACAACAAAAAAUACCUAGGUAGUGUUACUAAGAUUACCAUGCGUUAUGCAUAAUAGUUAAAUUUUAUCAAGUAUUUACAAACUUUUUUAGAUUUAAGAAUGUCUGUGUUGUAUCGUUGUAAUGAGAAAUUGUGUACAAGACUGUAUUUAAUUUAGGUUUGCUAGUUUUGACCACCAACUUGUUCUAUUGAUAUAAUAUACAACUCCAUUUAGCCUUGUUUUGCAUCUUUGAAAUUGUCUUUAUAGUAAUCGCGUAUAAUAUGGUAUUGUAUUAUGUGAGAAUAUCAAUUUGUUUUUUAUCUAUGUUGUUUUCAAAGGAACAACUCAAAUUCUCAGUACCCCAUUUGUAAAAUUAAAUAUACUUAAUAAAUAUUGUUUGAUAUUAUGUAGAUGAGUAAAUUAGGAAAAACAUAAUAAAGUAGUCGUCACAAUCAAUUUAGUAAGUUGUGUUAGAUAAAUAAGCUGUUUUGUGAUAACUAUGUUUGAAAAAUGAAUUCUCCUAGAUAUAUUAUUAAUUGGUAUGUUAAAAAUGCGGUGUACGUUUUUGUAAAUAAUAGUACUUAUUCUCAAUGAAUUUAAUUAUAAAGUCAAUAAACUUUUUUUAAGUAA